AGUUUCAUUUCUCUUUAAUAUCGAGUCUCUGCUUUGUAUUUACAUGAAAGAUCACAUUCUUAAGGCCAUUGUGACAAUAUGUGAAGUACAAUUAGUUUAACAUAUUUAUGGUGGAAAGUACGUAAGCGUAUUUAACUGGCCGCGAAAAGUCGAGAGUAAAUAUAGCUUCAUUUUCAUUGGUUGAAAUAAAGAGCUGAUAUCGAUACACUAGACUUCGAUAUAUCGCAGAGACGAUAUUGACGGCAUCGAUCGAUGGUAAUAGAACGAAGCCAUUACAGGUUUUCUUUUGAUGCAAAGAAGAUAGGACGUACUAUGUCGGAACAAAAUUAUUUUUUCAGUGACGAUACACUACUUGACGAAGAUCUUGGAGAUGAAGAAUAUGAUUUGGGCAAUGACGAGGAAGAAGCCCUCCUAGCUGAUGACUAUGAAUUGGACAGGCAGAAUAGCUAUAAGGGAGAAGAGGAAACAGAUGAUGUACUGGACUUAGGAGUCACGGAUGCUUUGGAUGACUUAGAAGGGGAAGAUGAAAAUGUAGAGUUUAAUAGAUCAAAGACUGAUAUUGAAAAUCAUUUUUAUGAAGAUGGAGAUCAGCAAGACAAUGAAACAGGAUUUUAUAAGCAAGAGAAAACCACUGAUUAUAAUACAGAUCAAAUCAGUCAAUACGAAGCAAACUCUGGUUGUAGUAGUGUUAAUAUGUCUGCAACUAUUGGAAAAGGUGAUUUACGAGAGAAACUGCAGAAAAAUAUGCAAAAAGUUUACAUUGGAAAUGGACAAGGACUUGAAGAUGAUGAUUGUGAAGAAGCAAAAGAAAGGCGUAAUAGAUUUCAAAAUGAAAGAACAAUGAUUUCGCCUAAAAUGAAUAACGAUAUUCCUGAUACUUUGGAAAAUGUAGUGACGCCUGAACCGUCCAAACCAUCAUUCAGAGGUAGAGGAAGAGGACGAUGCACAAGAGGAAACAAAAUAGGAAGAUUUAUUUCAUCGGUUAGUGGUAAUUAUAGUCCAAGGUUUAGUAAUGCACGUGGUUUUGAUAAUCAGCAAUCAUUGUGUAGACCACCACUGUUAGAAGCUAGACCACCAUUUCUUCUUGGUGUACCUAAUAAUAUACAGAAUCAACAGAUCAUGUAUCAACAACAAAAUAAUUCUUCGAUACCAAAUUUCCAACAGUUUUCUUUAAAUAAUCCAUUGCAAGGACCUACACAUUUUAUAGAAAGUAGACCGCCAUUUAAUCCUAAUCAAUUUUCAAACUCAAUGGGUUCACGAGUAAUUACUCCAAGAUUGGAAUUUGGUCCUAGAGGAAAUAUCGCAGCACCGUUACAAGCUCCGCCUUAUAAUUGUUCAACAAAUCCAACAUCUUUUGUACAAAUACCACCUAAUUUUCAAAACUCUGGAGCAAUUAUGCAAGAUAAUCCAAAUCGUCAUUUGCCAAAUACCCAAGCUUCUUUAUUACAUGGAAAUUCUGGUGGAUCUCUUCUUGGUAAUCCAAAUGCAAUAUUAUCUAAUAAUUCGUCACAAAUGUUACAUGGUAAUCAAUCAUUACCACUGCAAGGAAAUCAAAUAUUACCGUUACAAGGAUACCCACGCCCACCGGUAUCCAAUCAGGGACCACUGAUACAAAAUCCCCCUAACACUCAAAUGUCUAGUGGUUCUUCUUUUGAGAAUAGAGCACCUUUUCAAGAACAACAUUUUGAAAAUCGAUCUACAUAUGAUUCAAGACAUCCAUAUCCAGAUCAAAUACAGAAUAAUCAAUUUAACAGCAACAUAAUUCCUCCAGUUUCGCAACAGUCUAAUUCAAAUUUACCUAAUGUAACUUUAACUCCGGGCCAUAAAAUAUUAAUCAAUCCACAUUUCCGAGGCGCUGUACAACCAACCAAUGAUGCAAGACUUGCAUGGGACUCACAACAUCCAACACCACUUCAGACCCAAGGUUCUGGAGUCCAAUUUAAUCAGACUAAUAUGCCAUAUCCUAAUCAAAAUCCAUACAAUCAGUCUCAAUCUCAAUCUCAGUCUCAGUCAAAUCAGUUGCAAUAUCAACAGAAUUAUCAACAGAAUAAGAGCGAUGAUCCUUAUGCAUAUUUUUCUGAUGUAUGGCAAGAGAAUAAGCCACAAAAGACUAUAAAUAUUAGUCCAAAUAAACAACAGUAUCCAUUGGAAAGUAAUUAUUCACGUGAAAGUAAUUAUAACGACAACAGUAAAUAUAAAUCAGAUGAUCAAUGGGAACAAAGAGAUAAUUAUCAACAAUCGGAAUACAGAGGAUCUCAUGUAAAUUAUCGAGAACGAGAUUUAUCAUCUCGAACGAGAAAUGAUCAUACCCAUAAACCGCAGCGGCCACUUCCUUCGUCUACAUACCGUAAUGAAAAUUAUGAACAAAAUCAUAUGCAAAAACCUAGUAAUAGUAGACCACCUAUAAAUACUGCACGAACGAUUAAUAAACUACAACAAAAAAGAGUAUGUCAAAUUUCUGAUAAAGAAGCUCCGCCAGAAUUAAGCCAGAAAAAGAUGAAAACUAAUAAUAGAAAUCUCCAAGAAGUAAGAACCGUAGAUACGGUAGGCGAUGCAGUUGAAGAGAAAAAAGAAGAGGAUAAGGAAGAAGAUCCAGAAAUGCGGGAGUAUAGAAAAAAAAUGGAAGAACAGAAACGUUUGAGAGAACAAAUAUUAAAAGAAAAAGAAAAUAGAAGAAAAAUGGCCGCUAUGGAAAAACAAAAUGAACAGAUUAAUAAAAUAGAAACUAAUUUCGUUGGUACAGAAUGCAAACAACAAGAAGCAAAGCCAGUAUCGGUUCUGUUGGGAGUUGUGAAAGAUCCUACACCAAACAAAGGUCGACCUGGUGUAACUAGGGGGCGAGGGCGGGUUAUCAAUACACAAGCCACAGAGGGAACUGAAAGAGCACCUGGCAUGCGAAUUGUUAGAACUAUUCAAACAAUACAACCAAACGAUCCUUCGGAUGGACUUACGAUUAAUAAUCAAAGCAGUGAUAAAGUUUCAACGAUUAGACAAAUUAAUCCACAAUGCGGCACUAGAAGAGUUGUAAUACCAAAAUCCAUUCAACCGUCUAAUUCUCAAAAAAUUGCAACGUCUAUACAAAAGACUGUCUCAAAUUUACAAAAGGGACAAGGUUCUGGAACGAAUAUACUUCAAAAACUUGUACAAAAUCAAUCUGGUAUUUCAAGGAAAUCACCAAUUGGACAAAAAAUGGGUAAUAUCGAUAGAAGCAUCGCUCCAAAAGUUGUAGUAAACGCUCAAAAUAAUCAAAGAAUUGUGCUUCAAAAAGUUAUGGUAUCGCCCAAAAAAAUAAUGCCAGAAAUUAAAACAAAUACUGUUAAAUUAGAAAAUUUAGCAGCCAGUACUUCAGUGGCACAAAUUAGACGUAUGUGUCAAGGAAUUGGAACAAUAGAGAGUAUACACAUGGGCGAGGGUAAUGCAACUAUUGUAUUUAAAACACAAUCCGCUGCCAUGGUGUUUCAUAAAAAAUAUCAACGUAAAAUGCUCGAUCUAUCGCUGAUAACCGUUCGUCUUAUGCCACAAACAAAUAUAAACAAAGCAACAACUGCAAUUGGCAAAAAGUCUUAAAGAAGAUGACAAAGAAGAGAUACUCUCUAAAUGGAGUAUACUUUUUAGCUUAUAGCAUA